AAACAGACAGACAGUAGGCAAAAUCUCUGCCUCAAACUCUGACUUGUCUUCAGAUUGUUCAUUUGGAUAUGGAACAUUUUUAACGACUCGGAAAGUUGCAGACGACACGAGUGAGCCACGCUGUCAGAUCACACAUGACAAGACGAGUGAACUGAAAGUGAGGAUCGGAGAGAGAAUAAGUUUCCAUUAAUGGAGUUGAAAGUCAUUUUCAUGUGGUUUUUUUGAGUGGUUUGGAGGGUGAAUCAGAGCCGAGAAAACACCGAUUUGGCUGGGCUUAGUCACUGAGACUGCAGGUACUUUGGCUUAGUCGCGGAGGGAGAGAUCUUUGGAAGGCUUAAGGAGGUGUUGCUCAGUUUGCCCCUCCGCCUGAGCUGGAUAAAGCAGAGACCUCUGAGUUCCAUCCAUCCUGUUUCAGUAGGAAUCACUGUACCAUGAAGAUCUCUGGAACAUCUCUGGGCCUGACCACUACAGACUGCAUCGUGACCCUUGACCCUUCUUACACCCUGUUGGAAUUUGACAGUUUGAGAGAGCUGCCUGCUGAGACAGAGUCACUGAUGCCUGAGUCUACGCCGGUGCUGCGGCAGGCCAGUGGAGGCCUGUGCUCCAUUUGUGCGGACAGGGCAACAGGUAAACAUUAUGGAGCUUCCAGUUGUGAUGGUUGCAAAGGUUUCUUCAGGAGGAGCGUACGGAAGAACCACGCUUAUACAUGCAGGUUCAGCAGGCAGUGUGUGGUGGACAAAGACAAGAGGAACCAGUGCCGAUAUUGCAGGUUACGCAAGUGCUUUAGAGCAGGCAUGAGGAAAGAGGCUGUGCAGAACGAGCGAGACCGAAUCAGUUGCCGUAGAGAUGGCCAGGGUGUCGGAACUUUGUCCAUCAGUGUGCUGCUGCAAGCAGAAGCCAGCACACAUCAGUACUUGUCCUCAACUCCACUGAUGAACUGUGACAUCACCGCUAAGAAGAUUGCUAGCGUUGGGGACGUGUUUGAAUCGAUGAAGCAGCAGCUCCUACUAUUGGUGGAAUGGGCUAAGCGCAUCCCUGAGUUCUGCGAACUGCCCGUAGAUGACAGGGUAGCCCUGUUACGAGCUCAUUCGGCCGAGCACCUCAUCCUGGGAGUGGCACGUCGCUCCCUGCCUUACAACAACAUCAUCCUCCUGGGAAAUGAUUUCAUCAUCCCUGUGAGUGGACCCGAGCCAGAGGUCUCUAAGGUGGCAGCCCGCAUCCUAGAGGAGCUGGUUCGACCCUUGAGAGAGCUGGACAUCACAGAUAGUGAAUUUGCCUGCCUCAAAACCAUCAUCUUCUUCGCCCCAGACUGCCCAGGACUUGAGAGAUCUCAGACUGUGCGUAGGCUUCGUUUCCAGGCUCAGGUGUUGCUAGAUGAGGCUACGUUUGAGCAGAGGGGCCGGUUUGGGGAACUGCUGCUGCUGCUACCACCUUUGCAGAGCGUGGCCUGGCAGCUGGUGGAGCAGCUCCAGCUGAUGCGUCUCUUGGGCCAGGCCAGCGUGGACAGCCUGCUGCAAGAGAUGCUACUGGGGGAGAACGUGGCCAGAGGAGCAGCGUUACAGCCAGGUUCAAAUUCAGAGGUCCUUAUGUUUAACCAGCAUGCUGGCCCAGCUCUGUCCAGGGACCUGCUGGGUGAACAUGUUGCACUUCCUUGCAAUUUCACAUCAGUGAUCCUUCCUGUGCCUUCAUCUCUGCCCGGAGUCCCCCUUCUGCCCACACAGACUGGCACCGACUUAUAUACACAUGGGCAAGAGGAAAAUAUGCCAACAGAGAUAGCCAACAACCUGCCUGUGCCAGCAGUCCACACAUGCCUCUGACCAGACACAGGGGCAACUGCACACAUCAACACACCUGCAUGCUCACCUUUAUAGAAACACACAAAAAUGCAGAAAUGAUGAAAUUCUACCUACAAUAAAAAUGUGUUGCUCUGAAGUUAAAAGUACCCUUAAUGAACAAAACAUCACAAGAAAUUAACAAGAAAGUUUGCAUGAUGUUAAUCAAGACUUACUCUGCGUCAAUUUAAAUAAGAAGUAUGUUUGCACAGGGAAACCAGGAACCUUAGAAGUGACUCACAGAAAAGAAUUAAUCAUUGCUAACAAGUUAUGUACUUCAGGGGGAAUGUUUCCAGGCAAUAAAAGUGCGUCUAAAUUAGUCUUUGGGUAUUUUUGUAAGAUACUGGAUGCAUCAUUGUCUUAUUUAUUACAGUGAUGAUGUGGCAGGGAUGUGCUUGCUCAUACGAUAAAGCAGCACGCGUUCCAAAGAUUAAAACCUCUGUGAUCGCACACACGCUGUGAGCGGUGACCUCUGCAUUCAACCCAUCCGUACACACCAGUAGUUAGCACACAAAACCACUACGCGCAGGAGCGCGGUUAAGCGCCUUGCCCAAGGGCUCUUCAGCUGUGUAUGUUUUCCUGCUGGUCCUGGGAAUCAAACCAGUCACCUUUCGGUCACAAGCCCGCUCCUCCAACCAUUAGGCCCAGGGCUGUCCCCAUGAGAUCAUGGUUAACGCAAGAAUAUUACCUCAUAUUUAACCCACAGUGACUUACUAUAACUUACAUAAUUUAGAGCAGGGCUGCCCAUUACAUUUACAGCUCUUAUCGAACUGACCUGUGUCUAAUUUUCAGGUUAUCUUGAAGACCUUGAGAAGCUGGAUCGGGUGUGUUAGAUUAGGGUUACUUCAAAAUUCACCACAAGGGAAGAUCUAGGUAGAGGACUAGGCACCACUAGUUUAGACAAUGUCUUUGUUAUUUAAUUUCAAAAUUGUUCCUUUACAUUGACUUUCACUGCCCUCUGGCUGCAUGAGAGGGCGGUGAAAAUGGUUAAUGGCCAACAUAUUCUAAGACCAAGGUGAAACCUUGCCAAUAAAUAAAUAAA